AUGAAAGCAAGCAGCGAGUUCAAUGAAGUUGAAGAACAUGAAAUGCAAAAGUUUGUAGCGGUUCGUCAAGUAAAAUCAUUGAUACUUCUGCAUCACGGCAUUGAUGACUAUAAAAGAAAGAGAGAAGCAGUAGUCAAGAAGAAAAUGAGGAGCGCUCUGAGUUUCUGUGUAUUCUUUGGUCUAGUGCUAUGUACAAGUGCCGCAAUAACAAGCGGAAAAACCGCGAAAAGCGGGAAAAGUGCGAAAAAACCUGUCAAAAAGCCUUCCAAGGGACUAUUCGCGGAGUGUAUCUCGCCCACAAGUGACUACAUGAACAAGAAACUUCGGAAAUAUCUACAAACAAAGAUGCAACAGAAGGAAGUUUCUACUAAUAUAACUCUUGUCCUACCCAAGUCUUAUCCGUUGUUUUUAUGCCCGCUAGCAGAAGUGGCGAAACCAGGUCAAAAAUACGGCGAAUUUUUCCCUGGAGGGAAGGUGUUCCGUUACAAAUUCAAAAAAACGUACCGAUACAAAUCGCAUUACUAUAACGAAUUUGAAAGAAAAUACGGACCUGUUAUCAUUGAGUAUCCCACUCUGCUUGUUACUGCAAUAGGCGUUAGGAUACUACCCUAUGGUUGCAGCUGGGAUUACAAGGAAGUCAACUGUGUCUUUGUGACCGAAAAAUUUUUCAGAUUUUUACGCUUGCUAGCAAAGCUUGGGAAUGUGCAACCAUUGAAUUUUGCACAAGUGAUGCCCUUUUUGCAAAGACUUCAUCAAGCUGGAUUUAGUCUAGAUUUUUGA